AUGGCGAUCCCAUCGCCCCUCCGGCCCUGCAUGGGGAAGGGAUCCCAGCAGCUCGCUGGCUCACGGUCCCCGGGGACCAGAGGCAGGGGCAACGCUCGGGCCCCGCCCGCGCCCACCCGCGAGGAGGGUCCCCGCCAGCCCGGUACCCACUUACUCCGACACCUCCCGCGGCGGCUGCAGCAACUGUGCUGGCGGCCCCGCCCCGCUCGGGUCACGUGGCACCGGGUCACGCGGAGCAGCUCUCAGCCGGAGGGGCUGACUCGUCCGGGUGAUUGCGGGGCCCUGGCUCCCGGUGGACUGUGCCCUGACUGGGGCCAGCCACCCUUUCAUCUCCGCUCCAGGGACGCGCAGGGCUGGGAACAGCCGUGGGAGGCGAGACUUGGAGACUGGGUUCGUGCAGGAGUCCGGGGACUUGGGGGCCUCAGCUUAAUCUUUACAGCAAUCUUUACAGAGAAAAGGGAAGGCCCCUGGUCUUCCCAGGUCUCCACCUCAAGAAAUGGGAACACACCACACAAUGAGCUAGGUGGCCACAUUCUGCAGUUCCCGUCAUUGGGCUCACGGCUCCCCGUGGGCCCAUCUGCAGCCCCAGGCCAGCUUGAUAGAGGUGGUGUUAGUCUGGCCUGGUGGUUGAUGCUGGCUGUCGGCUGGAACACUCACAUAGGGCCUCUCCCUGUGGCCUGGGCUUCCUCACAACAUGGUGGCUGGGUUCCAAGGGCAACCAUAUCCAACAGACGUGAAUGGCUUAUCAUGGAAUGGACUUCAGAGCCACACUCUCUGGUUAUGAAUCUCAGCUCUACCAUUUACUGAUUGGGUAACUUCUGUGAUCAGCAUUAGCAUUACGAGCCAGCAUAUGGAACAUCUACUUGCAAAAAGUUACCAACCCUGAGCGUUGCGCUUCAAAUGUGAUUGGCUGAAGCACAUAAUACCAUCUUUCACAGCAUAACCUGCUUUUCCAACUCUGCAGGAUUCCACUGCAUCUCUUGAUCAAUAAUUUUGUAAAAUGUCCACCAGCAAAAAGGAGCAUGGUCUUCAAUUUUUGUUCGUUUUUUCUUCUGUGUUACCCAUGUUGAUUCUACUUGUUCCCAUGCUAAAAGAGUGUUGAGUAACAUCCAAGUAAAAUAGUCAAAUUUUGUAAUGGAUGAAACCCAUUUCAAAAGAUAAUCAUGGCAGGUGCUGAACUGGACUGGACUGGACUGAAAUUUAUUUUCUGGUUCAUACAUAAUGUCCUUUUUAACAAGAGUUUUGAUAAUAAAAGGGACAAGUUUUUCAUCAAUUCUCGUUUAACACAUUCAACAAGUUCCUUAGUAAUGGAGCACCUCCAUUACACUGUUAGCUGUUCUUUCAAUUUACACAAUCCUACUGCCAAAUUGAUACUGAAAACUAUGAACAAGAAAUAAGUAGGGGCACCUGAGUUGGCUCAGUCAGUUGAGCGACUGACAUCAGCUCGGGUCAUGAUCUCACGGGGUUCAUUGGUUUGAGUCCCGGGUCGGACCGUGUGCUGACAGCUGAGAGCCUGGAGCCUGCUUUGGAUUCUUUGUCUCCCUCUCUCUCUGCUUCUCCCCUUCUCUCUCUCUCUCUCUCUCUCUCUCUCUCUCUCUCUCUC